GAGCCCCGCCCAUGUUGUAGUGCCUGUCAUUCUCCAGAAGCCACACAACAGCAAGGAGCUGUAAGAAAGUCCUCACGAGUUUCAGCGAUCACUUCAGUCUGGAGUGAAUCAGAUGUGCCUGCUUCAUAGCCAGGCAGGAAGCUAUGUGAAGGAAUCUUCUGAUGUCAUAAUUCUGGGUGUCACUGGAACGUUUGAUCACCAUUCCUUUGGCAAGUCUAGCCUUCUAUGGAAAGUCAGUAGAAGCAAUUGAUUUAUUCACCUCUACAGGAAUCAGACUUGGCCUAUUUUGGAUUUCAGUGAAUUAUGCCUUUUCGGUUUGGGACCCAGCCAAGGAGGUUUCCAGUGGAAGGAGGAGACUCUUCAAUUGAGCUAGAAUCAGGCCUGAGCGCCAGUGCUUCCUGUAACGGGAAAGAGACGUCACCCAAUAGGCAGCUCCGAAGAUGCCCUGGAAGUCAUUGCCUGACAAUAACUGAUGUUCCCAUCACUGUCUAUGCAACCAUGAGAAAGCCACCUGUGCAAAGCAGCAAGGAAAUGCAUCCCAAAUAGCAUCAUCAAGUCUUCUGUGAGGGUUGACUAGGUCAAGGGUAACGGGCCAGGAUCAUCUCAUGGUCUGCCUGGUAAACAAAUAAAGGUGGUGGCACUAA